GCUUCUGUAAGACUCCUCCCCCAGUCCAAUCGUUCCUAUUCCCAAGCCCUGGGGGUGGCUCUAGCUUUUCUGACUCAUCUCCUAGAGCUUUGAACAGGUCCUAACUUGGUCUUAAAAGCAGGAUUUCUCCCCAGGGAGGCAAGCCAGAGGUGCGGAAGAAAGCCGCAUUCGCAGUACUCACUUCCCGCAAUACAGCCAACACAGGCGUGACAUGAUGGAUUCUCUCUAUGAAGCAACCAACACCUUUACCUUGAAUGUUUUUAAGGAAAUCAGUGAAGAAGAUAACUCACAGAAUGUGUUUUAUUCUCCUCUGAGCCUCUACUGUACCCUGGCUAUGGUCUUAGAUGGGGCCAAGGGAAAUACUGCUGCACAGAUACAACAGGUUCUUUCUUUAAACAAAGAUACCGAUAUCCACCAAAGUUUCCAGUCUUUUCUUGCAGAAGCUAAGAAAUCUGAUGGUCCGUGCCUGCUAAGGAUUGCCAACCGGCUCUUUGGAGAAAAGACUUAUGAUUUUAUCUCAUCUUUUAAGGAAUCCUGUCAGAAAUUCUACCAUUCAAAUAUGGGAGAACUUGACUUUGCUAAAGCCCCAGAGGAAGCAAGAGAGCAUAUAAAUAAGUGGGUAGAAGAAAAGACAGAAGGUAAGAUUGUGGAUCUGCUGUCUAAUGAUUCCAUUAAUCCAUCUACCUCUCUGGUACUUGUGAAUGCCAUCUACUUCAAAGGAAAAUGGGAAAAACAAUUUGCCAAAUGCAACACAACAGAAACUAUGUUCAAAAUCAGCAAAGAGAAGCAGAAACCAGUACAAAUGAUGUUUCUGAAAUCUACAUUUAAUAUGACCUACAUAGGAGAAGUAUUUACCAGGAUCCUAGUUCUGCCUUAUGUUGGAGGACAAAUGGAAAUGGUCAUUUUGCUUCCAGAUGAAAUCACGGAUCUGAAAACGGUGGGAAAAAGUAUUACUUCUGAGAAAUUAACAGAUUGGUUAAAUCCAGAGAUGAUGGAUAAAACUGAGGUGGAAGUUUUCCUUCCCAGAUUUAAAAUGGAGGAGAAUUUAGACCUGGAAUGCGUUCUUCGAAAAUUGGGCAUGUCAGAUGCUUUUGAUGGAUCCAAGGCUGACUUCUCUGGGAUGUCAGCCAGGAAUGAUCUGUUCCUAUCCAAGGUUGUGCACAAGGCUUAUGUGGAAGUCAAUGAAGAAGGCACAGAAGCUGCUUGUGCCACUGCAGCAAUCAUGCAGAAGCGAUGUGCAAGAAUUACUCCUCGGUUUAUGGUUGACCGUCCUUUCCUGUUUCUGAUUCGAGAUAACAGCUCAAAAAACAUUUUGUUUUGGGGCAAAGUGACCUCUCCAUAAAGAGAUCAUUUGCUCUUGAUAGGGUCUUUAACCUACUGUUGUUUACCUCUGCUUUACCCAAACUCUGAUAUGCCUAUAAUCCAAAGGGUUAUUAUCAACAUGGUGAUAACAAAUCCAAAAAUAAAAUUUUUUAUGAGAAAUUCUCUACUAAGGA